UUAUUGUUUUUACGAGUAUCUUUCGCAUUUCUCAAACUGAAUUGAACGUCUUUCUUUGUGCCGUUUUUUUCCCUCAUGCGUGUGAUUACACAUGUGCAUACCCUCAGCAAUUACAAAUACAUGUACAUUGUGGCUCGUCGCCAACAGAGGGGAAAAGGGCGCAGUUUUAAUUUUGUUUUAUCACUAAUUCCUCUUAUUUGUACUGCUUUGCAUUGUACAUGGCUUUAAAGCAAAAACAUAGGCAUAAUAAAAUUGAAUAAAUACAUACAUAUGUAUUUAAACAACUCAAAAAUAAGUAAACCAACUAACUGAUCAAAAUCAACGCCAUAUGCAUUAGGCACAAACAAGUGUAUACGCACAUAUGAAUACACCAAAAAAAAGAAGAUUUAACUAAUAGAACUAACACUACGUACGCACAUAAUGGCUGACUUGAUGCGUUUGGGUAAUGUGGACGUUGUCAUUCAGAAAGAUAAACUUGGCUCGCCACCAGGAGACUGUGAUGACGGAAAUUUAGCAACAUUAGCUGGCAUCAGUGGUCUGGGCGCCAUGAUGGCAGCUGGUGGGAUCGAUUUAGCCGAUUUAGCACAGGAAUUGGAUCAGGAUGAAUUUGAUGGACCGCAUAUGUUAAAUGGAGAACGUCCGGCUAUAAUUGCUCCGCCGGAAAGUGAGUGGUAUCAUGGGCGCUUAGAUCGAUAUUCCGCAGAAUCACGUCUACGUGGGAGCGGCAAAUUGGCAAGCUAUUUGGUGCGUGAAAGUGAUCGAAAGCCCGGAUCUUAUGUGUUAAGCUAUUAUGGACGCACUGGCAUCAAUCAUUUUCGCAUUACGGCGGUUUGCGGUGAUUUCUACAUUGGCGGCCGUCAAUUUUUUUCGUUGAGUGACCUUGUCGGUUAUUAUACCUCAUGCAGUGAUCUGCUCAAACGUGAACGUCUGGUCAUACCUGUGGCACCACCUGAACCAGUCAAUGACAAAAAACGGGUGGUUGCCAUUUUGCCAUAUACAAAAAUGCCAGAAACAGAUGAGUUAAGCUUUCAGAAGGGUGACAUUUUUUUUGUGCACAAUGACAUGGGUGAUGGCUGGUUGUGGGUAACAGCACAUCGCACUGGGGAGCAGGGAAUGAUUUUUCGUGAGCUCGUCGAUGAUUUGGAUGUGUCUAUUGACCCGAACACAGUAUUUCCAUGGUUUCAUCCAAACUGCACAAAAAACGAAGCCGUGGACAUGUUGGUAAAGGCUGGACCUGGCAGUUUCCUAGUACGACCUAGUGACAAUUCACCUGGUGAUUACUCGCUGUUUUUCCACAUCAAUAAUCAGAUACAGCGAUUUCGCAUUGAAAAGAAGGGAGUCCGCUAUUUGAUGGGCGGGCGAACGUUUGAGUGUUUGGAUGCUGUAAUCAAUCGCUAUCGUAAGGAGCAAAUAGUCGAAGGGCAUUCGCUCAAUCAUCCCGUUGUGAAUGGCACACAACCCGAAUUCAAUCCACAGUAUGUCGUAGAAAAAGCAGCGGAAAAGAUAUAUGCCACUUUACGUGAGUGCCGUGAUCAAAUUGGCUUAAAGAAAAUUAAGGGCAUCAAGCAUCACGGGCAUCUUAACAAGAAGUCGGACAAAACAACAAAGUGGAAACAAUUGUACUUCGCUCUUAUUAACGACGGCACCGAGACCCAGCUCUGUUUCUAUGACAAUCCCAAAAAGACUAAGCCAAAGGGUCUUAUAGAUCUCUCGUGUGCUUAUCUCUAUCAGUGCCAUGACUCGCUCUGGGAGCGACCAUAUUGCUUCCAAAUUGUAGAGCGCGCGCUUCCAUGUUUGGCCACCGUCACUUAUUUGUGUGCGCCAAGUCCGGAAAGCUAUGUGGAGUGGAUAAAUGCGCUAAAGGCUCAAUGUGAUUCACAGUUAAGUCGGGCACAGAAGAAGGUGUCACGCUUGCGCGAGCUUCGCUGCCUCAAUUUACAUGUGUUGGAGGCGCAUCGCUUGCCUUUAAAACUAGUGCCACAUCCAUACUGUAGCAUAUCGCUUAACCAGGUGAAGGUGGGCAAGACACGUGUCAAAUUAGCGCCAGAGCCAGUCUGGGAGGAAGAGUUUGUAUUGGACGACGUUCCACCGGAUGUUGUUUCACUAACUAUUACCCUGAUCUCACGAGGAAAACGCGGGAAAGACUCUGAGGUAGCCGAGCUAACCAUUGAUCUAGCAAGUCUUAAGAAUGGGCAGGAAACAGAGGGUUGGUAUACAUUGACAGGCAUGACCCCAAUGGGUGAGUGGGGCUCAUUGCGCUUGCGAAUGCGCUAUUUGGAUGAUCUGAUCAUGCCCUGCGAGGAGUAUAGUCCGCUGCAGCAACUACUCCUCGAACCGGAAUUGUAUGCAGUUAAAGCCCUCGCUGAGCUUUGUCACAAUGAUCGUGUUCCGUUAGCGACUGCACUAUUACGAGUUUUUAAGCAUGAGAAACGUGAGACGGAGUUGAUACGCACGCUAUGUCAGGCAGAAGUGGCUCGUGAGAAUGAAACAACCACACUAUUUCGAGGCGCCUCGCUGGCCACCACACUGAUGGACUUAUACAUGCGCACUGAAUGCACAGGAUUUUUACAGUCAGCUGUUAGCGAAACAGUGCAGCGAAUAUUGGAGAGCAAACAGUCCGCCGAACUAAAUCCAACAAAAAUGGAUGUAAAUGAUGACGCAUGCUCGAAUGCAGAGUUCCUGUUGCAAAUACUCGACCUUGUCACCCAGUCAAUAUUCACAUCGCCGGAUUCGUGCCCUCGAAAUGUGCGUUAUAUAUGCAAUUGCCUCCAAAAGGCAGUGGUAGCCAAGUGGCCCACGGAACGUUUGGUACGCACACGGGUUGUGUCCGGCUUCAUAUUCCUGCGGCUACUGUGUCCGGCACUCCUGAAUCCGCGACAGUUUGGAUUGGUAAGUGAGACGCCUCCAACGGCGGCCACACGUUCACUCAUAAUGAUAGCCAAGUGCUUGCAAAACUUAGCAAACUUAAUUGAGUUUGGCGGCAAGGAGCAAUAUAUGGAGGUCGUCAAUCCCUUUAUACUGAAGAACAAGGAACGUAUGAUUGUGUUCUUGGAUCAGUUAUCACAGGUAACAGAUCCGAAUCCGCCUAUGGGCAUGUAUGUGGAGCCGAACCCGAAUCUUAGCGCACAGGAUACAGGUCGCGAACUGGCCACCUUGCACCACAUUUGCGUCUCUUACUUACCGGAUUUACAAGUACUAUCAAAUAUUUUAUCCAUAAAGAAACUUGUCACGGUGACCGACAUGCUAACCAAACACAAAUUAAAAUACCGUGAGAUGAUAAGUUAA